AUGGCUAAAUUGGCAAUGAGGAUUCUUUCUAAAAGUGUUGCAAGUAAAGGGGCAUUCGCUUCAGCAGGUAGAGUGAUCGAAAAAAGAAGAUCAUGCUUGAAAGCAGAAACUAUUGAUGCAUUAUUAUUUUCAAGAGAUUAUCAGAAAUAA